AUGCCAUUCAUACUCCUGGCAACAGAGCUAUUGCUCCAUAUCUUUCGCUCUUGUAGCACACUAUCAGAUGUAUUGAACCUGUCUUCAGCCUGCCGACGAUUUCGUCACGUUUAUAAUCGAUCCAAAUUGCCCAUCCUCGUUGAAAUUGCAGAAGUGGAAUUUGGCCCUCUGAAUGAGAUCAUCCAGAUCGUGACACAGAAUACCAGUCAACCAGCCCACAUAUUCCGAUCCGCUCCGCUAUCCGAUGUGCUUUUUAAACAAAUUGUCCGAAUCGGACGGGUCGCGCAAAAAUGGGAGGUCAUCUACCCCGUCAAGAAAUGGAAGGUUGAUUACGAAAACCGGCGCUCUCUGACCGAUGACGAGCGCUUUCGGCUUCGCCGUGCUGUCUAUCGCUUUUGGCUCUACCAUCGCGCCUUUCACACGCGGCUGCAUGACCGUUUCAGCCGCAACCUGCGCCAUGUUGUCACUGAGCGUGCUCAGCUUUUGCACAAUUGGUCUACCGUAGACCUGGCUGAAAUCGAGGACCUACGGAUCAUCGUCUCUGAUGUCGUGCAGAAUCACAUAUGUCCCAGCAAUGGGACCAUCCAACGCAAAUUUCGCAAGCGUUACCCAGAAAGCAACCAUCAGUUGACAUUCAAUAUCCACCUCAAUUACCCUGCAGGUAACUCGUCUUCUGACGCUUUCGAGAGGAGACCCAAUAAUGUCGUUGACCAAUACUUCCAUACUACCCAUCCGGGGAACUUUGCCGAAUCACCUGCGAAAUACCGAUCCAAGUUUCGUAACGACUUUCAUCACGACCCGGGAUUUGAAGGCUGGGGCGAUGAGAUCCCGCACUAUUACGUUGUGCAGGACAUGAUGAAGCUCGAUCCGGGUGAGAUCCUGUGGCUUCGUGAACACGCUCCUCUGAAGGAACAAGUAGAAGCCUACGUCCAUUCCUUGGGGGAGUGGUUUUGUAACAACGGUGAGACAUUCAGAGAAACGACGGAAUGGGUGAUGAACGAGAGGGGCGAAGACAUCGAAGAGUUUCGAGCCUCCAUUGCAGAUCGAGAGAUUGGUAUUGUAUGGGAGUAG